AUGGUAUACUUCAUAGCUUGUCUACUGUUGGCCGCGGCAUACGUUGUGUCUAUUGUUAUCUAUAGGUUAUCCUCCAGCCCUCUUGCUCGUUUCCCUGGGCCGAAAUUGGCCGCUCUCACGUUCGGCUACGAGUUCUAUUACGACUUUUUCAAAGAUGGGGGUGGUCGAUACUGGGCUGUGAUCAACCGCAUGCAUGAUGUAUCAGGCCCCAUAGUGCGUAUAAACCCAUGGGAAGUGCACAUUCGGGAUCCAGAGUUCGCCGAAGCCUUCAAAAUCUCGAGAAAGACGUCCAGGCCGUGGUGGUAUUACCGUUCCAAUGGUCCGCCGAACAGUGUUCUACAAGCCGGCCCUCAUGAGCUACAUCGGAUGCGCCGCGAGGCUAUCCUGCCCGUGUUCGCCACCCCUCUGGUCAUGUCUCGCGAACACUUAUACGAGGCGCUGGUCCAAAGAUUACUCGCGAGAUUCCGCGCUGCCAAGGGCACCGGCGCCGUAUUGACCUUGGGCCAUGCUUUUCGAUGCCUCGCCAUCGAUCUGACGUGCACCACGAACCUUGGCUACGACUUUGGGUUCGUCGACGUCGAGGACUUUGAGAAUGAUAUGUUCAAGAUUGCGAGGACUUUGGGUCGCAUGAACAUGAUCAGCCGUCACAUCGGACACUGGUUCUUUGCCGUAAUGCGAGCACCUGCGCGCUGGGCCAAGCGCGCAGAGCCUGUCAGUCCUGUAAUGAUUCGUGUUCUACGAUUCCGGAACGCCGUCACAGAUCAGUAUCGCGCUGCAACGACCAAUAAUACAAAUGUACGCGAAAAGACUGUUAGUAGCGUCGGCAGCGGUAAUGAUAGCUUCAAACCCACCGUCCAGCACAUUCUCGCCUCAAACCUCCCAGCCCACGAAAAAAAGUUGACGCGCGUGGUAAACGAGGUCUGGCUCUGCAUCAACGCGGGCAUCGACACAGAAGGCCAAGCCAUCGCCUUUGCGACCUUUAUGCUCCUAAGCCACCCCAACGAGCUCGCACGGCUCCGCAAAGAGCUAGCAGAAUGCGAAAAGAGACUCGGCAGACUCCCCACGUACCAAGAGCUCAAGGAGCUAAACUACCUACACGCAGUCGUCCAGGAGUCGUUCCGUCUAAACAACCCCAUCGCUGGCCGCUUGCCCAGAACUGACCCGGACAAUGAGAUUCAGUAUGGGGACGUGGUGAUACCCCGGGGCGUCACCGUUUCCGUUUCCACGUACGAUAUCUACCUUGACGCCAACAUCUUUCCGGAUCCGCACAGAUUCGAGCCCGGACGUUGGCUUGACCCGAGUGAGAGGAAGCGCGUUCGGAAGUACGUCAACAACUACGGCCGCGGGACCCGCAGCUGCGUGGGGAUGGACGUGGCCAAUAUGGGAAUCUAUCUGACUCUGGGACGUAUCUUCGCUCCGUCGGCUGGCUUCGAGCUAGCGUUGCAUGAUACGCUGUAUGAGCGCGAUGUCGCCUUUGAUGCCGACUUUUUCGGGGCGUUUCCCAAGAGUGGUUCGAACCACAUCAAGGCAAUUGUAGUCUAG